CUCCGCCCUCGUGUAUGAUAUCUGACUUCCAGAGCUUUUGUUUCGUUGGCUCAGAGGGCGACUGAGCAAACACUCCGGCAAGGCGAGCUUGUUAUUGGCGGGAAAUUUUUGACGGGUUCGAUCACCUGUCUGUCAGCUUUUACCUCACCAAACCAACUCUGAGAUAGAAACCCCCUAUCCACUAAGGGUUUCCACGGCAUUUCAAAAACCAUAUCCCGGAGUCGGAUUUCAGAUGAAAAAGAGGUUGCCCUUUGCAACGCACUGCUAUUUUUUUUAAAACUCGCCGCGAGAAAAUGUGCAUAAAAAAUCAGCCUGAAACAAAAAGGUUGCGUGUUCACUUGCGAUGCGUCAUCGUCUUGACUGAAACUAAGACCGGCUUUAUCGAAAAAGGAACAAUGACUGCUAAUUGGGCUGAAUUGUCAACACAGGUUGAAUAAACGUCUUCGAAGUCUUCAUCAAAGCUCAUCUUACUUAUAUCACUUUGUCGCCACGGUUGUCUGGACGAAGCAAGUUAAGACAACUUGAACUGCUAAUUCUUCGCAUCAACUUUUGGAAGGACAAAGAUGCAUGAAUCCAGUACGCGUGAGAGCACGUUCUUUGAUGUGCUAUUCUGAAUCUUCCGAUUAUCGGAACUUAUUUGAUUUGUCGCUGCUCAGCGAAGAUAAGCUUUGAAAAUAGGAGAGUACUCAAGAUCUUAUUGCCAUUUUCCGAUUUUGAUGUAACAAAUCGAAAACAUAGAGACAUCGUCUUCGAGUGUGUUUUGCCAUUGCGUUUUGUAAUCGUUAAGCAAAAGGUAAACUUAGGAGAAAUUUGAAGUUGAAGAGCAGGAUUCGUAGGAAAUGGAUCCGAAUAUUACCGCCGGGCUUGAAGAGUACAAGAUCGAACUUGCAAGUCGCAGUUUUACUUCUGUCAUCAUUGAAUCCCUCAUAUGUGCAAUUGGAAUCGCCUUCACUUUGGUGGGUAACGCAAUAGUUCUGUGGAUCGUCUACAAAAAUCCAAGCCUCAGAACAAUCCCGAAUCAGUUUGUUAUUUCACUAGCUAUCUCAGACCUACUGAUGGCGAUUAUAGGAGCCCCACCAUGCUUUGUGGCCCUCGCAAUGGGAAAAGACCCUCUCGGUCCAGAGUUAUGUCAACUCCAGGGGUUUCUCAUAGUUAUUUUAGCACGGGUAUCGCUCCAAACGAUGGCUUUAGUUGCGUUGAAUCGAUACUUCCUCAUUGUUCGCCCUCAUUUGUAUCGGAGGAUUUUCACUUCGGUCAACACAAAAGUGAUGAUUGUUUGCGUUUGGGUCUUAACUUGUGUUGAGCCAAUUCCCUAUCUCAGUCUAGGUUAUAGGUACUUCUUCCACCCAGCCAAAGCCUUCUGUUUUCCCGACUCGCGUCUACACUGGGUAGUCCUUACAGGGUACGCCAUUGUUUCUAUACCAAUGCCCAUAUUGGUAAUCUGCUAUUACAAAGUCUUCUCCAAGAUUCGCCGCCAUAAAAUGAGUUUUAAACAACACCAAUUUCAACGAAACAACACCGGCCCUUCAGUGGAAGACAUUAACGUUACGAUGACACUCUUCCUGACUGUAUGCGCGCUUCUAAUCUGUUGGAUUCCGAUCGCUGUUGUUGACCUGAUUGACUUUGUUCGAAACAGUCUUGGUUCGAUGCCCAGACUGGUAUACCUGGCGUAUUUAUACUUUGGCCAACUUUCUACUGCAAUUAACCCGUGGAUUUACGGCGUGAUGAACAAGUCUUUCAGGGAGGCCUACCUCAAGCUCUUUCGGAUCAGAUCAUUUGGGCUGACAUUCAGAACCAAGUUCAAGGUAAACAAUGGUGUGCCGGAAAAUACAAUAGAGCAGUACAAGGACCACACCAUGAUGACGUCAGAGACGCAUAUAUAAAGGGACAAUGACAUAUUGUGAUGACGUCAAAGACGCAGAUAUAAAGGUAAUGGUAACAGACGCAGAUAUAAAGAGACAAUGACACACACCAUGGUAACAUCAGACGCAGAUAUAAAGGAACAAUGGCUUACCAUGGUAACAUCAGACGCAGAUAUAAAGGGACAAUGGCUUACCAUGGUAACAUCAGACGCAGAUAUAAAGGGAUGUUGUCAUACCAUGGUAACAUCAGACGCAGAUAUAAAGGGAUGUUGACAUACCAUGGUAACAUUAGACGCAGAUAUAAAGGGAUGUUGGCAUACCAUGGUAACAUCAGACGCAGGUAUAAAGGGAUGUUGACAUACCAUGGUAACAUCAGACGCAGAUAUAAAGGGAUGUUGACAUACCAUGGUAACAUCAGACGCAGAUAUAAAGGGAUGUUGGCAUACCAUGGUAACAUCAGACGCAGAUAUAAAGGGAUGUUGACAUACCAUGGUAACAUCAGACGCAGAUAUAAAGGGAUGUUGACAUACCAUGGUAACAUCAGACGCAGAUAUAAAGGGAUGUUGACAUACCAUGGUAACAUCAGACGCAGAUAUAAAGGGAUGUUGACAUACCAUGGUAACAUCAGACGCAGAUAUGAAGUUGUCUGUAUCUCGUAUGUCUGAGACGCAGAUAUGUAAAGCCAUUGGCCUUCCAUGAUGGCUGUGAUCGCGGCAGAGACGCAGAUAUGUAAAGCCAUUGGCUAUCCGUGAUGACUGUGAUCGCGGCAGAGACGCAGAUAUGUAAAGCCAUUGGCUAUCCGUGAUGACUGUGAUCGCGGCAGAGACGCAGAUAUGUAAAGCCAUUGGCGUUCCGUGAUGACUGUGAUCGCGGCAGAGACGCAGAUAUGUAAAGCCAUUGGCCUUCCAUGAUGGCUGUGAUCGCGGCAGAGACGCAGAUAUGUAAAGCCAUUGGCGUUCCGUGAUGACUGUGAUCGCGGCAGACACGCAGAUAUGAAUAGACAUGACAUACGGUGGUGACGUUAUGGUAUGUCCGAACGGUGUUCUUAUUAACGAGAUCCAACCAUAGCGCGAUGACGUUAAAAACGCAGAUGGCGCACCAUGUUAUUCAGAGAAAACAAGAACACAGCUUAAUGACGUCAGAGAGACGAACUUACAGGGACUGGCGUACUAUUAUGACGUCAUAGACACAGAACGUGAAAAGUGUUCGUUAUAUAGAGGUAUCGGCUUUGUUGAGGUAGACUUAUUUUUCAAUGAAAUUCUAGAGUAGCUUUAACUACCUGAGAGUGCAUAACUAUAGAAGUUCUUUUUGCGCAGUUUUUUUAUUGCUCGAGAUUCGAUUGCCAUGCUGUACAAGGCUACGAUUUCCAUACUGUACAAGGCUACGAUUGUCAUACUGUACAAGGUUACGAUUGCCAUACUGUACAAGUCUACGAUUGCCAUUGUACAAUUCUAUGAUUGCCAUUCUGUACAAGGUUACGAUUGCCAUUGUACAAUUCUAUGAUUGCCAUUCUGUACAAGGUUACGAUUGCCAUACUGUACAUGGCUACGAUUGCCAUACUGUACAUGGCUACGAUUGCCAUACUGUACAAGGCUACGAUUGCCAUACUGUACAAGGCUACGAUUGUCAUACUGUACAAGGCUACGAUUGUCAUACUGUACAAGGCUACGAUUGCCAUACUGUACAAGGCUACGAUUGCCAUACUGUACAUGGCUACGAUUGCCGGCUACGAUUGCCAUACUGCACAUACCUACGAUUGCCAUACUGUACAAGGCUACGAUUGUCAUACUGUGCAAGGCUACGAUUGCCAUACUGUACAUACCUACGAUUGCCAUACUGUACAAGGCUACGAUUGCCAUACUGUACAAGGCUACGAUUGCCAUACUGUACAUGGCUACGAUUGCCAUACUGUACAUGGCUACGAUUGCCAUACUGUACAAGGCUACGAUUGGCAUUGUACAAUUCUAUGAUUGCCAUUCUGUACAAGGUUACGAUUGCCAUUGUACAAUUCUAUGAUUGCCAUUCUGUACAAGGUUACGAUUGCCAUUCUGUACAAGGUUACGAUUGCCAUACUGUACAAGGCUACGAUUGCCAUACUGUACAAGGCUACGAUUGUCAUACUGUACAAGGCUACGAUUGUCAUACUGUACAAGGCUACGAUUGCCAUACUGUACAAGGUUACGAUUGUCAUACUGUACAUACCUACGAUUGCCAUACUGUACAAGGCUACGAUUGCCAUACUGUACAAGGUUACGAUUGCCAUACUGUACAAGGCUACGAUUGCCAUACUGUACAAGGCUACGAUUGCCAUACUGUACAAGGCUACGAUUGCCAUACUGUACAAGGCUACGAUUGCCAUACUGUACAUGGCUACGAUUGCCAUACUGUACAAGGCUACGAUUGCUAUACUGUACAAGGUUACGAUUUGCAUACUGUACAAGGCUACGAUUGUCAUACUGUACAAGGCUACGAUUGCCAUACUGUACAAGGCUACGAUUGCCAUACUGUACAAGGCUACGAUUGCCAUACUGUACAUGGCUACGAUUGCCAUACUGUACAAGGCUACGAUUGCCAUACUGUACAAGACUACGAUUGCCAUACUGUACAAGGCUACGAUUGUCAUACUGUACAUGGCUACGAUUGCCAUACUGUACAAGGUUACGAUUGCCAUACUGUACAUGGCUACGAUUGUCAUACUGUACAUGGCUACGAUUGCCAUACUGUACAAGGCUACGAUUGCCAUACUGUACAAGGUUACGAUUGUCAUACUGUACAAGGCUACGAUUGCCAUACUGUACAAGGCUACGAUUGCCAUACUGUACAUGGCUACGAUUGCCAUACUGUACAAGGCUACGAUUGCCAUACUGUACAAGGCUACGAUUGCCAUACUGUACAAGGCUACGAUUGCCAUACUGUACAAGACUACGAUUGCCAUACUGUACAAGACUACGAUUGCCAUACUGUACAAGGCUACGAUUGCCAUACUGUACGAUUGCCAUACUGUACAAGGUUACGAUUGCCAUACUGUACAAGGCUACGAUUGCCAUACUGUACGAUUGCCAUACUGUACAAGGUUACGAUUGCCAUACUGUACAAGGCUACGAUUGCCAUACCAUACAAGGCUACGAUUGCCAUACUGUACAAGGCUACGAUUGCCAUACUGUACAAGGCUACAGUAUUUGGUGCAUAUCAACUGAAACAAAAUGGCCAAUUACACAAGUCAAGAAGUCAAAAGGUAUAGAUUGCGAUGCUGCGAUCCCUAAGGAAUAUAGAAUGUCAUUUUCGCCAGCAAAAGGAAGAGACAGUUCCUUUUGCCCUUUGUGCUUGCUGCUAAUUUGAGGGUCGCCUUUGUGCCUACAAUCUGUACGUCCCGGACGGGACUUGAAUCGCGGUUUCGUAGUGUAACUGUAUAGAACAGCAAUCACUCUUAUUUGCACAAGUCGGCGUGUUUGGCUCCAGGGAGAGGGGGGGGGGGGGGGGGUACUCCCUAUAUCCAUCGGAUGGGGAUCGUCGUAUCUUUUAGGUUGUAAAUUUGGAGCGUUGGGUAUAUUUUAGGGGUGAAAAUGAAUAUGCUUAGAUUUUUUUUUAACUCAGUAUCCUUUAGGGUGCUAUUAUAGCCAUCGCUCAUCUAACUUGUAGCUCAUGAAAGAGCGUUUAAACGUGUAAAUCUUCUAUUAGAGUCAGUUUUAAAUAAAUAUAUUUUAGGGUUACAAUAUAACCAGACCACUCCCACUUUAGUAUCUUUUAGGCUUGUUUUCAAAAAAUCCCGACGAUGAUCCCCGUCUGUUUGAUAUCGGAGCUUACCAGCUUACCCGCUGGUGUCUCACCAUAUUCUGUUAAAUAAAGUUUCUAUGCAAUGUC